AGCACCACUGGGCACCUAGGUGGCCACAUUCACAUGGGCUGAGUUGGUGCUCCAGCGGAUUGGAUUACAUUGGAUUGGCGAAGCGAUGGCCAACCAACUGGACGCCAGUGCAAAGGACGAUUUGAAGACGCAGUUCGUCACCCGCGAGGGCACCUACCGCCUGCUGACCCUCUCGGAGUACUCGCGUCCCAAUCGCGUGGGCUACAGCAGCAACCAGAGCUCGCCGCAGGUGCGCGUCUCCAUGGUGACGCUGCCCAGUCCAAAAACGGGAGGAGCAGCAGCAGCGGGUUCCCCAGUAGCCACAACGAAUGGCAGCUCGCCGGGAGCCUCGCCAGCGGGAGGAGGAGCAGGAGCAGGAUCAGGAGCAGCACCAGCAAUAUCCAAUGGAGGCGCCGGCGGAGACAGCAAUUAUAGCAACCACAAUAGCAACAGCAGUGCUCCUGCGAACAGCACAGUGGACGCCCGCCUGGGCGGAGGCAUCUCCAUGCACUCCAUGAUGAACGGCGGCGUGGUGGACCAGAACGGAGUGGCCACCAGUCAGGUGCUCGGAGGCGAUCGCAUCUGCUUUAAUUUCGGAAGGGAUCUCUAUGUCUACUCCUUUCGAGGAGCCAAGAAGGGCACCGAGAUGAGCAAGCCGAUCGAUAAGAAGUUCUACAAGGGCACCAAUCCCAGCUGCCACGACUUCAACGCGAGCGCGGCCACGCCCACGGGAGCGCCCCUUUUGGUGGGCUUCACCACGGGCCAGAUCCAGUUGGUCUCCCCGCAGAUGGGUCCGCGGGAGGUGAGGAAGCUCUUCAACGAGGAGCGCCUCAUCGACAAGACCAAAGUGACCUGCCUGAAGUGGCUGCCCAACUCACCGCACCUGUUCCUCGCCGCCCACGCCUCGGGUAAUUUGUACCUGUACAACGAGGAGCUGCCCUGCGCCGCCACUUCGCCCAGCUAUCAGCCGUUCAAGCUGGGCGACGGCUACACGAUACUCACCAGUAAAUCGAAGACGACGAGGAAUCCGCUCUUCAAGUGGGUCUUCAGCACCGACAACUGCUGCGUGAACGAGCUGUGCUUCUCGCCCUGCGGCUCCCACUUGGCGGUGGUCUCGCAGGACGGCUUCCUGCGCGUCUUUCACUACGACACGAUGGAGCUGCUGGGCAUCGCGCGUUCCUACUUCGGCGGCUUCCUGUGCGUCUGCUGGUCGCCGGACGGCAAGUACAUUGUGGUGGGCGGCGAGGAUGAUUUGGUGACGGUGUGGUCGCUACAGGAGCGUCGCGUGGUGGCCCGCGGCCAGGGCCAUCGUUCGUGGGUCUCGGUGGUGGCCUUUGAUCCGUACACCACUUCGUAUGCCAACUGGGAUGGUGGCGACUUCAGCGACGAUGAGAAUCAAAUGAACGAGUUUGCCAAUUCGCGAGAGGCGCGCUUCUCGGGCGAUUCCACGGCGAACGGCGGCUUCGAGGGCUUCGAAAGGAAUUCCACGCCCCUGCAUGCUGCCCGCAAUCGACCGCAUUCGGCCUCCUUUCGCUCGGACGCCUCGUCGGCGGAGAAGCUGAUGAGCUAUCGCCUGGGCAGCGUCAGCCAGGACACGCAGAUCUGCCUGUGGGACAUCACGGAGGAUGUGCUAAGGCAUCCGCUGGCUUUGAGGGGCUAUCUUAAUGGAGGAGUCGACGAGGAAGCGGAGGAAGACGAUGGCAUCAAGGUGAUCCGGCCAGUGGCCAUGUCGGGACAGCCUGCCGAAAGCAGUCCCACGCGGGAAGCGGCGGCGGCGGCGGCAGGAAACGGCGCCGCUGGCGAGCACAGCAAUAGCAGCUCCAGCAAGUUCUCCACCGCCAACUGCACGAUAUCCUCGCAAUCCUCGCCCGACGACUGCGACACCGAGGCAGCCACGCCCGCCUCCGCGACAGCAGAAAAGGGAGCGGCGACCUCCACGAAGCAGAACAACUCAAUCAAGUUUCCCAACUGCAUCAGUGCCACCAAAUCCGACAGCAUCGAUGGAGGAGCAGGUAGUGGACAGGGAUACAACAGCAAGACUUCCAACAGCUCGAACAAGUCCUCCAAUUCGGGCAGCGGCUUCAGCGCUUUUAAUAGCCUCACGCAGCGGCUCUCGAACUUCAGUUUCCUGAGCAGCUCGGAAAAGAAGGCUGGCUACGAAGGCAGCCACUCGACGGCCCACCGGCAGCACCGCAAGGCGAUGAGCAUGCUGAAGAGCUACAAUCAGCAUAAUCACAGUGGUGGAAACCAGAGCAACCACAGCAGCUCCUCGAACUUUGUGAACUCGAGCACUCUGGACUCGGGGGCGGCCGGGGCCAUCGGGAGCAGCUCGACGGCGCACAGCUUUGGUUCGCUGAAGCUGAGCCGUUCGUCGCACCACUCCUCGCUGGCCACGGCCGCCCGGGAUGCGUCCGGAUCGGGAGCUUCGGGAGGAGCAUCGGGGGUGAGCAGCUUCGAUCCCAUGCAACUCAUUGGAACGCCCGCCUGUCCGCGAUUCGACGAGUGCCCGCUGCUGGAGCCGCUCGUCUGCAAGAAGAUCGCCCACGAGCGGCUGACGGCGCUGAUCUUUCGCGAGGACUGCUUCCUGACGGCCUGCCAGGAUGGAUUCAUAUACACCUGGGCGCGGCCUGGUCAUGCAACGCAUGCCACUCAGCACUUGUCUCCUGGACAGACGGCGGCGCCCGGCGGGACGGUAAUUUAGUUCAAUAAAGUGGACUUGGUCAACUAUCAGCGUAAUCUUGUCAAGCAGCAGGAGCAGCAGCAGAUGCAGCAGAAGCAGUCGGUGAUCUAGGUUAAAGCUAGGCGAUUGAUUUCGAUAAUUUAUUGAUAGGAGCAAGAGUUUUAAUGGUUUUUAUGUUGCGUAUUUUGUAUUCCAAAUGUAGCCUAAAUGAGUUUAUGAACCUACACACACAGACACACACACACACCGUACACACCCGUAAUAUAUAAAUGAUAUAUAUAUACGAUAUAUAGCUAUGUACAACAUAACUACGAUCUAUACGCAGCAUCAGGCAAACAGAACAAACGUAUAUGUUUAAUCUAAAUUAUUAGUUGUAAAUGUAUUAUUUUUUUAGUACGUGGAAUUUGUUGAAAACAAAGCAAAGCAUGUUUAUAACUAUUUACUAAGUGCUAGCCUACACUACACACGAUAAAAUAAAGCAAAAGAACGAAGAAG